GCUCGGCGCAGCCGCCCCUCUCCCGCCGGCGGGUGGGCUCCAGGGGGCGCCCUCAGGAGCGCGGCGGAGCGCUCGGGUUCCAGAGACCCGCUAGCCGGACGGCCGCCGUAGCGGGGCCUUCUCCCGGUGACGUCUCAGCACCCCCCACAGCUCCGGGAGCCGCCGCCGCCGGGUCCAGGCCCCGGGGCCCUCCCGCCGCCAUGAAGCUGCGCGUCAGGCUUCAGAAGCGGACCUGGCCGCUGGAGAUGCCCGAAGCGGAGCCGACGCUGGGGCAGCUGCGCGCGCACCUGAGCCAGGCCCUGCUGCCCACCUGGGGGUACAGUUCUGAUACCCGGUUUGCAAUUACAUUGAACAACAAGGAUGCCCUCACUGGAGAUGAAGAGACCUUGGCUUCAUAUGGGAUUGUUUCUGGGGACUUGAUAUGUUUGAUUCUUGAAGAUGCCAUUCCAGCACCUAAUUUACCUUCAUCCACAGAUUCAGAGCAUUCCUCACUCCAGAAUAAUGACCAACCCUCUUUGGCCGCCAGCUCCAGUCAGUCCAGCGUACAGGAUGAACAACUGAGUGAUUCAUUCCAAGGACAGGCAGCCCAAUCUGAUGUCUGGGGUGAUGACAGUAUGUUGGGGCCUAGUCAAAAUUUUGAAGCUGAGUCAAUUCAAGAUGUUGUGGACACGGAAGAAGGCACAGGUUUCUAUCCCUCAGAACCAAUGCUCUGCAGCGAAUCAGCGGAAGGACAGGUGCCACAUUCAUUAGAGACCCUCUACCAGUCAGCGGACUGCUCUGAUCCCAAUGAUGCCUUGAUAGUAUCCUUACAUCUGCUCAUGUUGGAGUCGGGUUACAUACCUCAGGGGACUGAAGCCAAGGCUGUGUCCAUGCCAGAGAACUGGAGGUCAGGCGGUGUGUAUAAGCUGCAGUACACGCAUCCUCUCUGCGAGGGUGGCUCUGCUGCCCUCACCUGUGUGCCUUUGGGAAACCUGAUCGUGAUCAAUGCUACACUGAAAAUCAACAGUGAGAUUAGAAGUGUGAAAAGAUUGCAGCUGCUGCCAGCAUCUUUUAUUUGCAAAGAGGAACUAGGGGAAAAUGUAGCCAAGAUAUACAAAGAUCUUCAGAAGCUCUCACGUCUCUUCAAAGACCAGCUGGUGUACCCGCUUCUGGCUUUUACCCGACAAGCACUGAACCUGCCAGAUGUGUUUGGGUUGGUAGUCCUUCCAUUGGAGCUGAAACUACGGAUCUUCCGACUUUUGGAUGUUCGUUCUGUCCUGUCUUUGUCUGCAGUUUGUCAUGACCUCUUCAUUGCUUCGAAUGACCCACUUCUGUGGAGGUGUUUAUAUCUGCGGGAUUUUCGAGAUAGUACUGUGAGAGUUCGAGACACAGAUUGGAAAGAACUAUACAAGAAGAGGCACAAACAAAGAAAAGAAGCUCAGAGAGGGCGGCAUGUGAUGUUCCUGCCAUCGUCUCCCCACCCCCUUCCAUUCUAUCCCAACCCCUUGCACCCCAGGCCUUUUCCUCCCAGCUCUCUCCUUCCUCCAGGAAUUAUUGGUGGUGAAUAUGAUGAAAGACUAACACUUCCCUAUGUUGGGGACCCAAUCAAUUCACUCAUCCCUGGGCCUGGGGAGACACCCAGCCAGUUCCCUCCACUCAGACCACGUUUUGAUCCAAUUGGCCCACUUCCAGGACCUAGCCCCAUCUUGCCAGGGCGAGGUGGCCCCAGUGACAGAUUUCCCUUCAGACCCAGCAGGGGUCGGUCAGCUGACAGCCGGCUACCAUUCAUGUAAUUGAUUCAUGAUGUCACUUCUGGAGCUUGUUUUGGUUUUGUGUUUUAAAGCUACGGAUGUCAUCUUGUUGGGGUGCUGAUCCCUAGUGUUUUCUGCUUGUGGUGUUGAGAAAUGCACUCAGAGAAGCUUUUCAGUAGAUGUACUUAAAGCUCCAGGGGUGGCACGGCCCAAAGGUUACUGCAUGAUGAGGCUGGCUGGGGGAUAGUUGGCUGCUGACUUCCCUCUGAAUUCCCCUCUAGAAUAAAGGUGGUUCACUGAUGAUGUUCUGUACCAGAUUAAAAAUAAUUACGUGUAAAUUA